AUGCUUCCUCCUCCGAACUCAUUAGAUCGGCGGCAUAAAUAUGGCUUUCGUCGCUCAAACCCAUCGUGGUUUUCGUCUGCCAAUCUGCUAGCCCGUUCUAGAGCCACAAAUCUAGCCGUCUCUGUCCUUGCUGUUGUUGCAACACUCUCCUUUCUCCUCAAUGUCCAGCUGUACUACUUUCCGCCCACCAACGCGCAUUCCAUCCUGUCAUUACCUCUCCUUGCAUCACUUCCAAGGCUACAAGACUCAUUGGAUCACCUCGUUGUUGUUCCUGGACAUGCUAUCUGGGUCGGAAUAGAUCCAGCACAGCGAAUGCAACCUUCCGAGUGGGCAUUCCAGUCCUUCCAAACGGACCAAGACACCAGCCGACUAGAAGUAUUCUUCCAACAUAUUUCACGAGCUGCCGAUAUUGGUCUCCAAGACGAGAAAUCUCUGGUGGUAUUCAGCGGCGGGCAAACACAACACUCGUCGACCACUUCAGAAGGAGAAUCGUAUCUUCGUCUGGCCCUUGCUUCCAAAGUAUUCGGCCAUGAUGAAUUCUCACGCGCCACUUCAGAGAACUACGCGCUUGAUUCGUUUCAAAACCUCGUCUUUUCCAUUGCGCGUUUUCACGAGGUCACUGGGCAUUAUCCGUCGAAAAUAACGGUGGUGGGGUACGAAAUGAAGAGGGCGCGCUUUCUGGAUAUUCACCGGACCGCCAUCCGAUGGCAAGAUCCUUUCACGUAUAUCGGAGUCGACAUACCAGGCGAUAACUCUUUAGCCCGCCAGGGCGAGCGUGAGAAUGGGUACCUGCCUUACGCUGCUGACCUCUACGGUUGCCAUUCUUUCCUCUCCAACAAACGGAAACAACGCAAUUAUGCUGCACGUUACCCUCCCUACUAUCUCUCGAACCCCCGUUUAGCAUCCUUCCUCAGCUGGUGUCCAUACGAGCCCACCUCAAUUUUUCCAGAGUCUCUACCGUGGUCAACUGGGCUUAAAACCCAUAUCGAGCAAGAAAAAUACUAA